AUGAACAUGGCCACAAAAGACACAGAUACACGGCGACCUGGCCACCUUCGAACCCUUAACCGUAGCAGCGACACCGAUUUCACCGACUCUCGCCUGAAGCCGGAACCGCUCCGUCUAGGUCGCAGGGAUGCUUCUGGUGCAGAAUUGACUCACGUGUCUUCCAAGGACACUCUUGUGUCACCAGAUCCAGGCGCUUUGGCAGGUGAUGAAGACUCGGAUCUGGGAAAAUGCGAACGUAAUUGGGAGGCAGAAAGCUUAGGUUCGCAAUUCAGCCACAAUCUUCAUGGCCCAUCACACAGGGUUGAGCAGCAUACACCUCCCCGUUCGGACUACAACCUCUCUGAAUCUCAAGGAGCAACUGUACAUCGAGAGCAAUGUGGUGCAACCCAGAUGGAUAGGGAGUCCUACUGCGAAGACACCAGGACUAAUUUGACAAAUCGCAAUGGCAUCUCCUGCUCAGUAAUUAUCUCCAGCCGACCUAACGCCUUGGCAGGAGCAGUGCCUGCCAGUACUGAAAUGCUGAAAUCAGUCAUAGAAACUAACUCUCAGCUCAACAUGCCCGGCAGGUCAGACAGCUGGCUGCUCAGUACAGACACGAGAUCCUCGUUGCUGUCAUUGCAUUCUGUGUAUACUAAAUCGCUCUUCCCUGAACCAAAACCACUAACCCGACAGUCCAGCGUGGGUCAGCUUCGGCAAUCUAUUGAGACAAUGGCAGAAACCCGUUCCAGGCCAGCGUCGAUUCGGAUAGUUCCUACGCAGGGGAGCGCUACACCAUUGAUCAAUACCCCUAUGUCCGAGAAGAGGUCGGCAACCAGGAGCCCGGAAACUCCAACAAUUCUACAGGCAGCAGCUUCUUCGACGCCCAGGUCCAUGGCCACCAAGACGAAGGAGUCUGCAGGAACCCAAAUUCGACCUGUUGCACACUCUUCAUUCUCCGAUUCGCCCAAUGCAGCUGGACCUGGUAGUUUGCUUUCCGUCAGGGAUCUUGAUUACAAGCUACGAUCAAGAUUAUCCGAGCCAGCUCUUACAAGGAGCGGCCAGAAAAAGCCGUCUAAUUUUGGCGGGCAUCCUGGGUAUACCACUCCCGUCCCAGUCACGCCCCAAAGGCCUGCGACAAAGUCUUCUGUCUUGCAAUCAAGCCCGGUCCACCACCCCCUGCGCUCUGCUAAUACGGCCUCUUCACGACAUUCCAUUGCGACAACAGACAGGAUUGUCAUGACUGGUGGUGCAUCUCAGAGCGGGGGCACGAGCUACAAGCCAAAGGAAGUGAAAUCGUGUCCAAACAGAGUUGCAGACCUUCGUCGUCUCUUUGACCAUGGUAGCCCUGUGGGUCCAGAUUUGGGGCCAUCGUCAAGGUGGAAAGAAACCAGUGCUGCCGCUGCUCCUCAUUCAACCUUUUCCGGCUCAAAGGCCCCUGUAUUCAGACUACCUCGACCUGCAGGCCACGGAUUUCCCGCGGGACACUUAUUCUCGCCUGUCAAGAACUUAUCCGCCAAUGACUUUGGUAAUCGCUAUGGACACGGGCCUGGUUCCGAUGGUAUCUCUCCUGGUGCAUCCCCAUUGAAACAAAAGAUCACGCUCUUUGAAAAUCUGAGCACACCAGAGAGUCUAUACCAUUCAUCUCCCAGUCAACAGGUCAAGACAUACGAUGGUGCUAUCGAAGACUCUGGCAUGCAAGAUACACCCCAUGGCGACGAUAGUCUGAGGAAGAAAGCUAACCAGAUGCUACAUCCCAUCGGCUCUGCAAGUCUACUGAGAAGAUUUUCCAGGAGCUUAAGAAGUGAGACGCAAGACAGCCUUAAGGACACUUAUACAAUCAGAGAAGGGGCUGGUACCAGCAGAAUUAGGAGAAAGAUUGUUGAGUGCAGACUCCAACAGCCACAGCAUCCCAAGCUACCGCAUACACUGGACAACUCUGGACACAGCGGCACUGCGCUUUUCCAGGCGAAUCAGCGAGACAAAAAUGUGCCUGACACUGACAUUGAUACUGUUAGCUAUAUACACGGAGUCAAAUCGAUGAGAGAGUCUGGUACUUCGUCGGUGGCCAAGAGGCUCCUUGCUAGGAGGAGCAUGCCGUUUUUCAACAAAUCAGUCCACACAAACGAUCAGCCUUAUACAAGACCCGUAGGAUCUACCUACUCUCCCUCUUUAAGCAGUGGGAGUGGACCAGCGCCGCCGACACCCAGCGCUAGGACCACAAACAGCAACAGUAGAUCCAACGCAAGCAAAUACAGCUUCGCGGGCAGCAGCACCAUGUCUGCGCCCCAGCCGCGGCUGACCAAACUCUGCAAUAGUGCCAGCUUCAUGACCGAAAACAGCACUCAAUCGGCGCCGCAGCCGCUGGCCACAGAAACUGUAGCAAAGGGAAGGACGUCCAGCCUCAGACGUCGAUUUUCGUCGUCUUUGAGUCGUGCCAUCAACCCCUUCCGGCCGCACCACGGCAAGAAAGACGUUGACGGUGCCGGCUGGAGCGGACAUUCUGGACCAGGCGCAAGCGGUGGUGCGUCGAGGGCUGUGUCGGUGGCAAAGUGUGAUCUCGAGCAUCCUAGACCCAUCAGGGGCGCGGAGAUGGGGCAGAUAAUCGGCAUGUUUGAGCGGCAGGAGGCGAGUGUCAUCUCUGCAGACCAUAUCAAUGGUACUGGACAGGCGAAACUAUGA